AGCAGGAUCAAUACAGCCACAGGUCCUCGCGGCGAGCUCCGUAUGUCGGAACAAUACUCGGGGAACGCCCCAUGUGCCCCUACUGAUAGGCGCGUCCACGUGACAGACACUCCGCAGCGUCAUCAGCCUCAAGGAAAACGAGAAAAAAAGCCAGAUACAUCUGAGAAAGAAAAAAAAAAACAUAUACACCAGUUCCUUCUGCUUCCCUGGAACCCGAGAAAAAAUCGGCCUUGUGAUAUUUUAUUUGUAUAAUGUCGGAGCCCAUCAGAAAAUCAAGCGACAUCUCCAAGGCACCCACACCACAGAACACGCCUUCAAGCGUCGCCAACUCAUACCUUAAGCAGCAGCCCACAGUAUCCACAAUCAACGAAGAAGAGGAAAAUGCAUUAAGCAAACAGUUGGCCAAUAAUCCUGCACUUUUGUCGAUGAUCCAGGGAAAGUUGGGCACCUUGGUGGGCCAGCAAAGUGGCUACAUCGAGCAGUUGCCCAAGCAGGUCAAAAAGAGAGUAUUGGGCUUGAAAGCUAUCCAGCAGCUGCAAAUGAAAAUGGAGGCCGAGUUCCAGAAAGAGUUGUUGGAGUUGGAGAAAAAGUACUUCAAGAAGUACGAGCCUUUGUACGAGAAGAGAAUGGCCAUCAUCAAUGGUGAGCAGGAGCCUACUGCCGCUGAGAUCGAGGUGGGCGAAGAGAUCGAGGCCGAACACAAAGAUCCCGAGGAUCAAGAUGCCGACGACCAAUCUGAUGCCGAAGGUGACGAUGAGGAGAUCAGCGGCGUGCCUAAUUUCUGGUUGACGGCUUUGGAAAACUUGAACACUGUGAGUGAGACCAUCACCGAAAGAGACAGCGAGGUCUUGCAGUACUUGAGAGAUAUUCGCAUGGAGUACUUGCAGACCCCUGGCUUCGAGUUGAUUUUUGAGUUCAACCAAAACCCUUACUUGAGCAACCAGGUCUUGACCAAGACGUACCACUACCAGGCCGAGUUGGGAUACUCCGGAGACUUUGUCUACGACCACGCCGACGGGUGCGAGAUCAACUGGAAGUCCAAGGAAAACAACGUCACAAUCAACAUUGAGAGGAGAAAGCAAAGAAACAAGAACACCAAGCAAACCAGAACCAUCGAGAAGUUGACCCCAAGCGAGUCUUUCUUUAAUUUCUUCGAUCCACCAAAGCCACCAAGUGCGGACUCUGAUGAGGAGGACCAAGAAGAUGACGAGAACGACGAAGACGCUGACUUGGAAGAGAGAUUGGAGUUGGACUACCAGUUGGGAGAAGAAAUCAAGGACAGAUUAAUCCCACGUGCCAUUGACUGGUUCACUGGAGAUGCUGUUGGAAUCGGCUAUCCUGAUGAUUUCGAGGAAGAUGAGGAAGAGUUCGACAGCGAAGACGAGAAUGAUGAUGACGAUGAUGAUGAUGAUGACAUCAACGAGACCGGCCCAAAGGAGAAUCCUCCCGAGUGUAAGCAGCAGUAGAUUCUGCUGAAGGAAUCCGAAAGAGUGUAUAGACGGAUUUCUAGCCCGAAAAAUUAGGUAGUUCGAUUUCAUACUCCGUCCGAAGUUAGCGCACGCAAAACCUAAGGUCUGCGGAAGUGCGAGAGCAUGAAUUUUUUGAAGUUUUGCUCGAGUCCUGCUCGAUCAUUUCGGGGAUGACAUGGCGAAGGGGAGACUGAGCAAAGUCAGCACUCUCACUUGCGGGGUAAUUCUAGCUAGUUAGUGCAGCCGUCAUAUUCCAAAUUGAAAAAGCGAACUCAGCGAUACAUAUGUCAUUUUUAUCUGAUUGGCAUCGCAGAUUAUGCAGUAGCGUUCU